CGCGUCGCGUCGAUCUGGCAGUUGGUUGCAGUUAGUCGAUCGCGCAGUUACUUUCGUAUAGCUCCUGCUCUUCUUCCCGGUCUCGUUGCCCUCCCCACCUCGCUGCCGAGAGCGAAGAGCGGUGAGAGCGUCGGAAUAGCGCGCGCAAAGCGAACAACUGUGAACAAGAACGGAGAACAAGUGAUCGUCGCCGUGGUCGAUCGUCAUCGGUGCGAGCGCGAGCAGGAACCGAGGGGAAGUACGGUCGUCGAGGAGAAGAAACAGAAGCAGAAGAAGCAGCGACGUGCGAGAUGAGCACUCCGGUGAAGAAGGUGCCGAUUCAUCUGCAGAGUGCGCAGAACAGACUGCUAAUCAAGAACGGCAAGGUCGUCAACGACGAUGGAAUCAUCGACAGCGACGUCUACAUCGAGGAUGGCAUCAUCAGGCAGAUGGGACGCAAUCUCAUCAUACCGGGUGGCACUAGGACCAUCGACGCGCGCGGGAAGUAUGUGAUGCCCGGCGGCAUAGACCCGCACACCCACUUCGAGUUCGAGUUUAUGGGUACCAAGUCCGUGGAUGACUUUUAUCAAGGCACGAAGGCCGCGGUCGCCGGUGGCACCACGAUGAUAGUCGACUUCGUGGUGCCGAGGAAGGAAGAAAGCCUCGUGGAAGCGUACGAGAGGUAUCGGGAGAACGCUGAUCAGAAGGUCUGCUGCGACUACGCGUUGCACGUCGCCGUCACGUCAUGGAGUCCGAAGGUGAAGGAGGACAUGACGACGUUGACGAAGAGCUGCGGCGUCGGUAGCUUCAAGAUGUUCAUGGCGUACCGCGACAUGCUUAUGAUCAGAGAUCCGGAGCUGAUCGAGGCCUUCAAGGCCUGCAAAGAGCUAGGCGCCGUCGCUAUGGUGCACGCUGAGAACGGCGACAUCAUCGCGGAGAAUGCGAGGAAACUACUGGAAGCGGGUGUAACCGGCCCGGAAGGCCACGAGAUGUCACGGCCCGAAGAAGUCGAGGCGGAGGCUGUGAAUAGAGCGUGCGUCAUAGCGAAUCAGAUGAAUAGCCCUCUAUAUAUAACGGCGAUCACGAGCAAGUCUGCCGCCGACGUCGUGUCGAUGAAGCGGUCGGAGGGUGCCGUCCUUUUCGGGGAAACCCUGGCGAGUGCCGUCGGUAUCGACGGUAGCGAGCAAUACGGCAAAGACAUGGAGAGAGCGAGGCGUUUUAUUACUAAUCCGCCGUUACGACCCGACCCAACGACACCUGCGUAUUUAACCGAGCGUCUGGCUGAAGAUAAUCUUCAAGUGAUCGGCAGCGAUAACUGCACCUUCAGCGCCGACCAAAAGGCUCUGGGCAAAGACGACUUUACGAAGAUUCCCAACGGCGUGAACGGCGUCGAAGACAGGAUGUCGGUCCUCUGGGAGAAAGGCGUGCAUGCCGGCAUAAUGGAUCCUCAGCGAUUCGUCGCGGUCACCAGCGCGAACGCCGCCAGGAUCUUCAACCUGUAUCCUAGGAAGGGCGUCAUAGCCGUCGGCUCGGACGCCGACAUUGUCGUCUGGGACCCCAACAGGAAGCGCACGAUUUCCGCUGAGACCCACGUGCAGGCUGUUGACUUCAACGUCUUCGAGGGCAUGGAAGUGACUGGUGUACCUGAGUACGUGAUCGUCAAUGGGCGCGUAUGCGUGGACGAAUGCGAGCUCAAAGCCGUUCAUGGGUUUGGACGAUACGUGAAUACGGAGCCGUUUGGUACCUACGUAUACGACAUGAUAAAUGAGAAGGAGAAGAAACCACGUGGAAUCGCACGAACGGAAGCGGAGGCGAAGAGACACGCCGAGGAGGAUGCCGCGAUCGCGAAGGCCAAGGAAGAGGCGAGGAUGGCCGCCGCGGCUACGGCACGGGCCAAUCAGACAAACGGUACUCAUGAUAGUCCAAAGCCGAAGUUAUCAUCCAUUUCUUGCGUGCCGACCUUGCCGGAAUCCGCCGUGGUGACACCAUCCACGAAGGGUCCGAGGCUGGAAGGGCAGCGCAAUCUACAAGAUUCUACUUUCUCCAUCAGCGAGGAUGUCGAGGAAGCACGAAGGGCUUGCAUUCGCGUGAAUAACCCACCGGGCGGUCGCAGUGCGGGAGGCUUUUGGUAAUUUACUACAAAAAUAAGAAAUGACAAAGAGCGAGUCAGGAUUUGCUUUGCGUAUAAAGAGGCCACUUAAUGCGAGAGAUCAAUGGAAUAUAUUUCAUUCCUCUUCCACACCUCGUCAUACUCCUCUAAUCCACCGUCACUCUACCACACUACCAUCUCAUCCACAUACACACACCGCACGCUUCAUUCAUUUCGACCACGGCCCCCGCUUACAGGUUCGCUACUCACCAAAUAAUACAUACGCUAAGUUUAGUUGUUUUCACACUGUAUUCCCAUCGAUCAAGGUCUGUUCCAUCGAAGGAGGAUGCGGAAGCCCCUGGCCAGUAGGUUGUACGUUCAUACAUUCAUAUAAUCGUACUACUUUCUCGCUUCACUGUCGCUUCAUCGCUGCAUCUUAUAUCACUGGUGUGCGCUUGAAUCAUUGACCUUGGUCCGUUUCCUCGAUCGUGACAUUCAGGAACUCGGUGUUCUCAGAGUUGUUAGCAACAUUUACAUUGACAGAUCGCUCUCGAAGAUCGCUUCCGUUAGAGAUGUGUAUUUAUUUAUUGUUGCACUCGUGUGGCAGGAUAUUACAUAUAAAAAUAUAUAUGUAUAUAAUUUAUGCGUUAUAUAUCAUAUGAAUUCGAGAAUAUACGUAUGUUCGCAUAGAAUUCGAGAAACGUAAAGACGGAAAUAUUAUACAAUUCAAUACAAUUUUUAUUAACGAGUUAACUAUGUUUUACGCUUAUGAUGUAUUUCUACAUCGUACAUUUAAUCAAUCUAUCUAUAUAUAUAUGAUCGGUUAUCAUAACGACAAAAAACUCUGAAAGUUCCAAGGUCAAGAGCUUGAGAGCAUUUGUUAUUUAUUACAUGAACUUUAACUGCGAGUAAGAAAAAAUUUCAACUUUUUCCUUUUUUUAUAUUGUUAUAUUACGAUUCACCUGUAAUUCGGGAGAGAAAAAAAUUACAAUGACGUCAAGUGAAGAUAUUUUAAUCUGCGAGUAAAAGCAGUGUUGUGAUAUGUUAGUCACAAUUUUAUCAUUAUUAUUAUUAUUAUUAAUAGGACCGUUGCUUGUUUAUUGUCGAUGAUAACGAGAACUCGCAUUAUAAAAGAGUUGCGGCUCAAAGAAAGUGAGGAACUUUGUGCCUUUAAGUUGCAACACUUCCAUUGAGCCAUCGAUGACAAAGUUAUGUUUAUUUAUGACGUAAAUACGUUACACAGAUACAUGUAUAUGGAAUAGUUGCACUGUAUCGUAUAAUUAUAUGUACGCUUGUGUAAUCAAAAAACAAAGCUGUCGGAAUUAUACUUUGAACUUUUAUUUUCCGCGA